AUGUAUCAAGGUUUAGACCUGAGGCAGGCACAGGUCAUUGCCCUGUCUUCUGGCACCAAAUGCAUCAAUGGAGAAUAUCUUAAUGACCAAGGGCUGGUGGUCAAUGACUGCCAUGCGGAGGUUGUUGUGCGAAGAGCUUUCAUCCAUUUCCUUUAUACUCAGCUGGAGCUACAUUUAAGCAAGCACAGAAGUGACUGGGAGAGAUCUGUUUUCAUCCGGUUAAAAGAAGGAGGCUUCCGACUGAAGGACAGCGUCUUAUUCCAUCUGUAUGUUAGCACAUCGCCAUGUGGAGAUGCUCGGAUCAACUCUCCCUAUGAGAUAACAUCUAAUUUGAACAAGUGCAAGCACAUAAUGAGGAAGUUUCGAGGUCAUCUUCGUACAAAGAUAGAGUCUGGAGAAGGAACGAUUCCAGUGAGGACUCGGCCUGCCGUACAGACAUGGGACGGUGUAUUAUCGGGAGAGCAGCUAGUCACAAUGUCUUGUACAGACAAACUGACCAGAUGGAAUAUCCUGGGGUUACAGGGUGCUCUCCUUAGUCACUUCAUCGAGCCUGUUUACGUGCACAGCAUUAUCGUCGGCAGCCUACACCACACAGGCCACCUGUCCAGGGUAAUGAGCCACAGAAUAGAAGAGAUUGGUAAAUUGCCAGCACCGUAUCGGCAUAAUCAUCCUCUCCUUAGCGGUAUAAGCAAUGCUCAAGCUCGUCAACCAGGAAAAUCACCAGAUUUUAGCAUGAACUGGAUUAUGGGAAGUUCAGAUCUGGAAGUUAUUAAUGCAACAACAGGGAAAAGAAGCUGUGGAAGUUCAUCCAGACUCUGCAAGCACUUACUAUAUGUUCGGUGGUCGAGGCUUUAUGGAAAGCUGAGCUCACGAUCUCCGAGUCAAGAAGAAAUGCCUUCAGUGUACUGUGAAGCCAAGAUGGUAAAUCCAACUUACCAAUGUGUGAAGCAACAGCUCUUUAAAGCCAUUCAGAAAUCAGGCCUUGGCACAUGGGUGAAGAAGCCUCCUGAGCAAGAUCAAUUUUUACUAACUCUGUAAAUUCGGGAUAGAACUUUAUGAUUUUACCACGAUUCUUCUGGAACAAUACAAAUUGGCAGAAUUUUUAUGCCUCUUGUGCAAACUUUGUUAACAAUAUACAUAAUUAGAUUAUUUUUGUAAUGCAGUUAAUACAUAAUAUCAAUGAACAACAUACUUUACAUGUUUGAGGGUUAGCAGAGACAAUGAUGUGUAAGAUUUCAACUUUUGCCAUCUAGGGGAUAUGAGAACGAGACCAGAUUUCCACAUUUAUUGUCCAUUGGUGAUGAACCUCAGUGGCUACAAUAUAUAAUGGUUGGUAAAAAUACAAGUAAUUAAGAAUGUUUCCUGAAUAGUAAUAAAAUAUUUUCCAUAUAAAAAAGGAGCAUAAAUGAUGGUUGUGUAGAUGAGGCACUCUUCUAUCAGAUGCCUAUAUCCCGGUAACCCUACUGUAUGGUUAUUAGUAAACCCCUCUCUGUCCCUCAGCACAAUCAAAUACAAGGUCUUCUAGAGUAGAUAUUCUCCUAGUACUGGGCAAGUUUUGAAAGAGAGAUUUUGAUAUAAUGUCAAAUUAUUUCAGCGUUAAUACUGUGAGUAGGAAAUAAUGAGCACAUGUCAAAGCAGGAGAACAUUCAUGGAGAGGAUUUAUCUUCUAUUUUGUGGUCAAGAGCCUCCUACUUUAAAAAAAAUAUCCAUUGUGUAUUCACAGAAGUAGUACAUGAUCUGCAUAUACUCCUGGAAACUGAAAUGAUGUAUAUGCUGAACAUGUACAUAAACUAUAAUGGUCCCAAUCUUUUUGGCAUACUAGUUAUACCUGUCAUUUACAUUCCAUGCAUUCCAUAUGCAAUAUAACAUACAUUAUCAGGUGUUUGAAGUCCAUACAUUUUGUCUCAUCCUAUCUUUAUUAAGCAUUGAAUGAGAUAAAAUAGAAGAACCUGAAAGAACUUAGUGCAAACUGCACCUCCAGUAGAUUACUUUUUAAUGUGUAACUUUGGAAAAUAAUGACACCUCAAAAUUGAAAAUAAGUGUAAAGUCUUUCCUACCCAUGUGGACUUUCUAAUCUUCUAUUAUGAUUAAGAAUGAGGGACUUACUGGAGGAACAAAUUAAAAUGGCAUUCAUUAAGUACUGAGGCCUACGGGUUCUACAGAACCUGAUUCUACCAGGAUGAUGGGGAAUAGUGGAAGCUUUCCAUAAGCAGUGUUUGUGAGCAUAUCUAAUACCCAAUAAACAGUAAUGAUCUCUGUGUGAGUGUUUGUCCUGCAUUCCUUAUAAAAUGGUUAGAUUGGAACAGAAUGUUAGCCAUCAA